CAGACCCUGAGCCGUGCGCGGGGAACUUCCGCUCACGCCAGGUAUAACAAACCUGUGCUUGGUACUCGCCGGGGCGCCGCUGCGGUCCUUUCCUGGUUAUGGGAUGGAGGGCUGCUGCCGCAGCUGCAUGCCGUGUCUAAACCGGCUGUGGAACUGGAUAUGGCCCGAUUUACGCUAUCCCCACGUCGCCAACGCCAAUACGAGAGCCCCGGAGAUACGAACUAUUUCCGGUGACAUUCGCGUCCCGUCGCCGAAGAAGAAGCCGACCCAGCUGUACGCGGCGCUGUUCGACUUCGAAGCCCGAAGCGAGGAGGAGCUGACGGUGAAGGAAGGAGACAAACUGUCGGUGAUAGAGAAACGGGGGGAGUACGUCCUGGCCAAAAAGCUGACCGGCUCUCUGGAGUCCGGUUUGGUCCCGGCCAACUACGUGGCUGUGCUGCAAGACGAAUUCGCCAAACAUAAGUGGUACUAUGGGAACAUAAAUCGUGUGAAAGCUGAGAAGCUUUUGCUUGCCCCCCAAAACAAAGAUGGCUCCUUCCUGGUGCGCAUCAGCGAGAGCCACAGCGAUGAGUACACCAUCUCAGUCAGGAGUGAUGGUAAGGUUUUCCACUUCAGAAUUCAGCGCUCCGCCAUUGGGGCUUACUUCAUCUCUGAAAAGAUCUCCUUCACCACACUGGGGGAGCUCAUCACGUACUACCAGAAAAACUCCCGCAGCCUGGGUGUACCCCUAGAUGAGCCCUGCGCCCAGAAGCGGGAGCUGUUUGAUAUGGAGCCGUGGGAGAGGCCUCGAGAGGAGUUCAAACUCCACAGGAAACUUGGAGAGGGACACUUUGGAGAGGUCUGGGAGGCUCUAUGGACCACAGAGAACAGGAGGGUGGCUAUAAAGAUGCUCAAGCAAGAGGACACGAAGCAGGAUGAGUUUGUGAAGGAGGUGCAGGCAUUAAAGUGCCUCCACCACCCGAAGCUGAUUGGGCUCCUGGCUCUGUGCUCCAGAGGAGAGCCCGUCUACAUCGUGACUGAGCUUAUGCCUAAAGGCAGCCUCAAGUCUUACCUCGCCUCUGCAGAGGGCCAGGUGCUAACAUCAGCACAUCUUACCUACAUGGGCAGUCAGGUAGCGGAGGGCAUGGCCUACCUGGAGGACAGACACAUCGUCCACAGAGACCUGGCUGCCAGGAACAUCCUGGUGGGGGAUGACCUGGUCUGCAAGGUGGCUGACUUUGGAAUGGCAAGAAUCAUAAAGGACAGUGUGUACACAGCCAGCCGUAGCACUAAGAUCCCAGUGAGGUGGACGGCACCGGAAGCUGCCCUCCACCAGCGGUUUUCGGUGAAGUCGGACGUCUGGUCAUUCGGUGUGCUGCUCUACGAGAUGCUGUCCCGCGGGAAGAUGCCUUACGACGGCAAAACCUGCAAAGAAGUACUGGAGCUGCUCACCUCAGGGUUCCGGCUGUCGUGCCCCACCCGAUGUCCACAGAACAUCUAUCUGAUCAUGUUGGACUGCUGGGCCCCGGAGCCCUCCAAGAGGCCCUCCUUCCAUGCCCUGCACAGCCAGCUGGAUACCAUCUAUGCCAGGAUAUACUACAAGACCAUAGAGGUGUAGAAAGGGAGAGCGAUGGGGGGUCUG